CUGAAGCACUCUGAUUUCAGUGUACCGACUGGCCCUCUGGUUCUUUUGAUUCCUCCCAGAUGAAGCCAAAUGAAGAAUGAGAACUGGAAAUUUGUCCUCUCUGGAUUGUCCAGCCACCCAGAACUGCAGAACUUGCUGUUCUUCACAUUCUGCUUGAUUUACACCUUCACCAUCACUGGAAACCUCCUCAUCUUCCUGAUCACAUUGCAUCCCAACCUCCAUAUGCCCAUGUACUUCUUCCUCCGGGUCCUGUCCUUCCUGGAUAUUUCCACAGCAUCCAUAGUUGUCCCCAGGAUGCUGGUAAGCUUCCAGGAAGAGGACAGCAAAAUUUCCUAUGUAGGCUGCGCCUCACAGCUCUACUUUGUCAUUUUCCUGGCGGCCACCGAAUGCUACCUUUUGGCAGCUAUGGCCUAUGACCGCUACGUGGCCAUAUGCAACCCCCUGAGGUAUGCCAUCAUCAUGAGCAGAAGAGCUAGCCUUUCCCUAGUCCUGCUGUCAUAUUGCAGUGGUAAUGUAGUGUCCGUGGUGCAGACAACAUGGGUGUUCACACUGCCGUUUUGUGGGCCCAACAAGAUUAACUACUUCUUCUGUGAUAUCCCUCCACUCAUCAUGCUCUCCUGCACGGACACCUCCUUGUACGAGAAGCAGAUUGUUACAGCCACCGUGCUGGUCAUCUUCACACCGUUUUGUCUCAUCCUGGUAUCCUAUGCCUGCAUCGUCUCCACCAUCCUCAAGAUUUCCUCUGCAGAGGGCAGAUGCAAGACCUUCUCCACUUGUUCUUCCCAUCUCAUUGUUGUGUCGCUUUAUUAUGGCAGUGGGACCUUGAUUUACUUACGGCCCAAGUCCAGUAAUUCACAGGACACUAAGAAAGUCUUGUCUCUCAUAUAUACUGCUAUAAUCCCCAUGCUAAAUCCCCUGAUUUACAGCCUGAGGAAUAAGGAAGUGAAAGCAGUGAUAAUCAAAAUUUUAGCUGACCUGAGGAAGGUAUAAACACACACUGCUGAAAGGAAGCUUUCUCCUCCUCUGUAUGUUUGUUUUGGUUUUGGUUAUUUUUCUUUCAUGUUUCACUCUUUUUAAAUGCCCUGAUAGCUUGAAAUUCUGGAAAAAUGGAUGUGUUUCAAAGUGUGCUUUGCAUCUUUGUGUGUCUUUUGUUCAC